UUGGCGGAGACGCCCCCAUGAGGUAUUCGUGUUCACUCAUCCGCCGUCUCAUUUUGCAGUCUCGUUAUCGCCACAUUGCCUGGUUAAAAGUUUUGCAGGGUACGCCAAUAAAGCAGCCAGUUUCCUAUAAAUUGUUAUUCGAAGGCUGCAUAUUCCAUACUUACUGGACUCCUGUUUUACUUUUGACUUGAGACAAGACACAACAAUACAAUGGCGUCCGGUGUUACCAUUGCGGAUGAAUGCAAACAGCAGUUUGAAUCAAUCAAACGCGAUAAAAAAGCUCGCUAUAUCGUUUACAUGAUCAAGGAUGAGAAGCAGAUCGUCGUGGAGAAGGUCGGGGAGCGCAAUGCCAACUAUCAAGACUUCCUGAAGGAUCUCCUCGCUGCUGGCCCUGAUGACUGCCGCUACGGGGUCUUCGAUUACGAAUACGAACACAAGGUCCAAGGAGCAGCCACUGAAAGUCACAAGCAGAAAUUGAUUCUGCUUUCCUGGUGCCCUGAUACCGCCAAGGUGAAGAAGAAGAUGUUGUACUCCAGCAGCUUUGAUGCGCUGAAGAAAGCUUUGGUUGGCGUGGCUAAAUACAUUCAGGCUACGGACGAAUCUGAGGCCUCCAAGGAAGCGGUGGAGGAAAAACUGCGAUCAACCGAUCGUUCUUGAAGCGAUUCUUGUCCUGACUGAAGCCCGUUGUGGUUCUUUUUGAUCAUAUUCGUUUCAUGGUUUUUAUUCCUGUUUUGCUUGUUUCUCGGCUGUGUUUGAAAUCUGAACGGACAUUCACUAAUGAGCAUUCCUUUUUUUAUAACAAGUUGGACAAACAGUAUGCGUUAAUUGAGUGCGCUGUUGAUGUUGUUUAAUUUUUUAUAACGAUCAGUUCGAGUUAGUUGAAAGCAGUUUAAGUAAACGCUGAGUCACUUGCAA